UCCGUCCCUCACGGGAACGCGAUCUAGGCGUUGAAGUGUCCGUUGGUGAUUGGCUGCGGCGCCCGCACGCGCUGAUGCCUAUGAUUCUGAUUGGCCUGCAGCUGCUUCGGCCCCGCCUCCCGCGGGGAGCGGGGACUCCCGGGAUAGGGGAAGAAGGUGCGGGCUGUCGCUGAGGAGACGGACCAUGGCCCCGCACAAGCUGGGCGGCCUGUUCCUCCUUCUGCUCUACAUGCUUGGAGCCGUGAUGGCUGGGCGAGAUUUCUAUAAGAUCCUAGGGGUGCCCCGCAGUGCAUCUGUAAAAGAUAUUAAAAAGGCCUAUCGGAAACUGGCUCUUCAGCUUCAUCCUGACCGGAACCCCGAUGACCCUCGAGCACAAGAGAAGUUCCAAGAUCUGGGAGCUGCCUAUGAGGUGCUAUCAGAUGAGGAGAAACGAAAGCAAUAUGAUGCUUACGGUGAAGAGGGAUUGAAAGAUGGGCACCAGAGCUCCCAUGGUGAUAUCUUCUCACAUUUCUUUGGAGAUUUUGGCUUCAUGUUUGGAGGAAACCCACGCCAGCAGGACAGGAACAUUCCAAGAGGAAGUGACAUUGUUGUGGACCUAGAAGUCACUUUAGAAGAAGUAUAUUCAGGAAAUUUUGUGGAAGUGGUUAGAAAUAAACCUGUGGCCCGGCAGGCACCUGGCAAACGGAAAUGCAAUUGUCGACAAGAGAUGAGGACAACACAAUUGGGACCAGGGCGCUUCCAGAUGACCCAGGAAGUAGUCUGCGAUGAGUGUCCCAAUGUCAAGUUGGUGAAUGAAGAGCGAACUCUGGAGGUGGAAAUAGAGCCAGGGGUGAGAGAUAGCAUGGAGUAUCCCUUCAUUGGAGAAGGUGAACCACAUGUGGAUGGGGAGCCUGGAGAUUUGCGUUUCCGGAUUAAAGUUCUCAAGCACCCUGUGUUUGAGAGACGAGGAGAUGAUUUAUACACAAAUGUGACAAUCUCCCUGGUGGAGUCAUUGAUAGGCUUUGAGAUGGAUAUCCAGCACCUGGAUGGCCACAAGGUUCACGUUGCCCGUGAUAAGAUCACUAGGCCUGGAGCUAAGCUAUGGAAAAAGGGAGAAGGACUGCCGAGCUUUGAUAACAACAACAUCAGGGGCUCUCUCAUCAUCACCUUUGAUGUUGAAUUUCCAAAGGAGCAGUUUACAGAGCAACAGAGGGAAGGUAUCAAACAGCUGUUGGAGCAAGACUCAGUGCAGAAGAUCUACAAUGGACUGCAAGGAUAUUAAGUGGAUAAAAUUGGACUUUAACACGAUAAAUGGAUCAGAGAUAUUUAUUAUCUGCAGGUGUGCUUUUUGUAAAAGACAUACAAGAUUUUGUUUUCUAAUGACCUUCAUGGAGUGAAUGAGAAAGUUUGCAUUUGUCCAUUUACAAUCAGAAAAGGAGUGAGGAAACCGAUUGACUGAAAGAUUAACUCUUACCUCUCCUUUUGAGGAGCCAAUGCCUGGUGCUCUCUACAGAGUUCUGGAACCUGAAACAGUAACAGCCGGCAGUGACUUGGAAGCUAUGGAAAAGCAUCUUCAGGACAUGGGGUGGUGGUUAGCCAUUUUACUCAAAGUUUCAAGUGGAGAGGUCUGUUUUUAAAUACAUUUGGUUGUUACUUUU